AAGCAACGUGCAUUAGCCCUUGCUUUUGCCAUGACGGCUCCGCUGGAUCCGUCUGGGCGCGCUCCGCGAGUGGGAAGUGUUGCAAAGGGCAACUACCUGGACGCUUUUCAGGGUGACAGCGAGAGCUGUGGAGAGCUCUCUGUGGAGAGCCUCUUUGGCGCGAUCCCGCAGCGGGAGGACGAAUGGCUUCGCUGGGUGGCAGCGCGCCCAAACCAACCUGCCGCUGCUCUGCGUGCGGCGGAGGUUCUUCGCGGACCAGCCACUGAGCAAAGCGUGCAGGAGGCAUGGCGCGAGGUGGAAACUAUCCAGCUGGAUGGGUGCGAGAGCGCGGAGCUGGUGGGCUGGUUCCGCUUCCGCUACUUCCAGUGGCUGCCCAAGACCGACCUGAGCGCAUUGGAACAACAACUUCGCCAGUGUUCAGGUUCGGCCCUCGAGGUCGCGGCGGGGCUCUUGCUGAGCCGCGACGGCACUCAGACGCCAGAGGCGCUGAAGCUGCUCGCCGAGGCCGGCCCCUCGCUGCGCCUGGCCUUGGCCCUGCACAGCAGCGGGGAGAAAUCCGCGGUGGCAUCCUUGACGCCCCGUGCCCAGCAGGAGCUCAAACUCUCGGAGGAGGGCCGAGACUUUGACGAGCUGCUGCUGGCGACUUUUGGCUUCUGGCUCGCAGGCAUAGCUGCUCGGGAGGCACGCACAGCGGGCUUCGUGUCUGUGGCCACGGCCCGGACCGAAGCGCGCCAAGGGAUUCUUGCAUCUGCGGCCACGGCCCGGAGCAAGCGCGCCAGGUAUGUCAGUCUGGACAAGGGGGGCUUGCGCUUGCUCUUCGCUCCAACGCGUCGAGGCUGCAGCGAAGGAGAAAAAGCUCCGAACAGGAGGAGUUGGACUGUGCUGACCAAGGGCUCAGCAGGAGCGCUCACGCGAUCUGAAGCUGCGUCGCACUGCGUCUGUCCAGAGUCCAUUCCAUCGUUCGCGGACCUUGAGGCAGCCUGGGCUCGUGUGGAGAGCCGCCUGGACACGGCGCCAAGGGGCAGCGCGGAUGCAAGCUGGGCUGCUUGUGUACAGAAGGGUGCAGCCCCUUCAAAGAUGUCCCUGGGAUGGAACAUGGACGCGGACGUGCUGGCAGAGCUACACGCGCUAGGGCUCGAGGUUGGGGAAGGGUCCUCGCACGGGGAGAACAAUUGCCUUGUGGACAGCAUGCUGCAAUGUCUAGCUGCAGCUGAUGUGCUUCCAGAAGAAGUACUGCUUUGCGCGGAGACGCGGCAAGCAAUGUGUGCGGCGGCACGAGCGAGACUGGUGGCGCAGGCGGACGUCAGGCUGCGCCCACAGCGGCUGGAUGCGUGCGGCGUGCGGGACAGUGGCGCGACUGCAGCGGAGCACGAGUGUGCGUACCUGCAGCAUCAUCUGCACGCAGAGCCCGUGCUGCGGAGCAUCAUGGCGGACUGUGGCAAGGUGGAGUGGCCGGACAUAGAGCUCACGGUGUAUGCAGCGGGGGACGCCGUACACCGGUGCCCAGACCGAGUCCUGUUGGCAGGUGCUGGACAGCCUGCAGAGAAGCUCCGGCUAAGUUUGUUCAGUCGCACGGAUGCAGACGGCAACGGGUGGCACUAUGACCCGCUCUUUGAAGGCAGAGUCAGUGCAGAGCUGGAUGUCGCGGAGGAGGCGGCCCCUACGUUCGAGCACAAAGAAGCUGCAGGAGGCGAAGCAGGAGAGGACGAGGCGGUCGUCAGCCUGGCACUCAUGGGCGUGCGCAGGGACAGUGGAGACCAAAGGCAGGCGCUGGAGGAAGCUGUGGAGCACACCGUCGCUGGGAGGAUGAUCUCCAUGUCGGAAUUUGCGGGCAGGCACCGCGGGCGCAUCGUUUGCGCGUUUCGCGGGUGUGAGUACACAUGUGCCACGGCGGACGUGCUGGAUGCGCACCUGCGGGAAGUGCAUGCGGGCGACUUGGCGGCGGCUGUUGCGGCUCGGUCGCGCUUGAAGGGGGUCAGCAGCGAGGCGCACCUGGCGGUGUACCGGCUGUGCCUGCAGGAGCUGGCGCGCAGGUCGCCCCCACAGGCGAGCGCAAGCCAGGAUCGCGCCUGCUUGCGCAGCUACUGCGAUCAAGUGCGCACGGCCCGGACGCUCAUGUGCUUUGUGUGCGCGUGCCGAUUUGCGGGCGUGGAAGAGGAGGCGGAUCAGGACAUCCAGCGGUACCGCGCGGCGGACAUGCGCGGUUUGCUGGAACUGCUCUCGUUCACGACGUACAUGGAGAAGUAUGGCAAUCUUUGGCCGAGCGGGCCGGACUUGCGCGGCAACGAGGCUGCUUUCCGUGAGUGGCUCAGAGGGUUCGAGGGCACGCUUCUGUUGUGCUGUCCGGAGGAUGUAGAUUGCGCAGCGCACGAUGUGCGGAUGGGUGCGGGAGAGCUCUGCCCGGCGUGCAGCAUCCCGAUUUGCUCUGUGUGUGUCCAAGACUGGCGCGCGUCGAGGGGCUCGCUUCCAGCUGCAGCGUUGUCCAACGACCUGUGGACGGGGUACUUGCCUGUGGAGAUCUACACCCAGGCGGCCACGGUGUGCGAACUGAUUGCGGCCUCGCCGUGCCUCACCGGCAUGUUUUGUUUCUCCCUAGAGUACCACCGUGCAAGCAGCGUCUACGACGCAACGGCGUACAUGCCUCGCCACCGGCUCGGGGCGCGCGGCAAUGUGACGUCGUAUCCACUGCCCUGGCUCGACCUCUUAGCGCAGCUCGGGAGCAUGGAAGCUGGCAACAGUGUAGCGCUGCCGAGGACUGGCGUGGAGCUCGCGGAGACGGUGCAAGUCUUACUGCGGACAGGUGGUGGGCUAGGGGAGGCGGACGCAGGGAGAUUCUUGCAUCAGGCACGGGUUCGGCGGGCCGUUGUGCUGGCCUUGAUCCGUGGAGCUGUGGCGCGGAAGCACACUGCGUAUGCAAACGUGGACUUGGAAGCGGCCAUGACUCGGGCUGCAGGUCUGCCGGAGGAUGGGGUGCCUCCAGAAAUCGUGCGGCUGCUGGACCCGGAUCGGAACAUCAGUCGCCUGCGUCCGCAGAAAGCGGCAACGCCCGCCGAUGGGUGUCACCUGGAAGCGGAAGACGCGGCGCGGCAGCUGGCAGAUGUGCGCCCCCACGCAGUGUUGCUUGAAAACAGCAGCGCGUUGGAGGAGGAUGCCGUCGCGCAGGACAUUGCGGCCUGGCGACAUUUUGACACGCAGCUUCGAUGGGGGACAGAGCCGCCCGCUGCAGCGGUGACUAUAACCGCGGGGUCACAGCUGGUCGAUCAGUUCAAGCCGCUGUAUUUCGGUGUCGCGUUUGCGUUUUGCUUCAGUUACUGCAUAGGCUUGCCCGACUUGGUGCAUCACGGUACAACGACGCGGUACAGGCGGGAAGCGUCGGCGCCAAUCAUCGACUUCCCGCGCUGGGCUCGCGCUGUGAGUCGACGCGCAGAAAGCCAAUUUGCGCGCGACUGGCUGCUACUGUUUGCGCUGUGGAACUACAGUUUUCGCGUGCAAGUGAACUCGAGCCGUGGACUGGUUGCGUACGUGCCUCGUGGGCUGCCCAGUCUCACAAGUGAGGAGCUGACAGAGGGCGCCGUCGCACUGUGCAAGGCCUUGCAUGGUCAGUACCGUGCAGGGCCGGACGCGCCGUUGCAGCCGGUCGCUGGGGACGUAUCGAAGCUGCACAUGGUGCCGGAGCUACCUCGCGCCGCGCGCAUUCUGCUGCAAAACGUGCAGCACGUAUCAGCGAAGAUUCCAGGCACCGUCGAGGUGAGGAAGCUCAUGCGACACGAGACGCACGCGUACCGGAUCAUUUACGGGGAGCCAAUCUUCGUAACAAUCAGUCCGAACGAGCGGGACAACUUGCUGAGUGUGCGACUGUUUCGUUGUCGAAAGAGCGACCCUGUCGUGGAAGCGGACGAGGACGCGCGGCAGUGGGGCGGAGAACGCCAGCCCGUGCUGGGCACAGCUGUGACAGAGGCAACGGCAGGCUUGCUCCCUGCCUUUGAAGCACGGCGUCACCUGGCGGCGGCGGACCCGCUGUCAGUGGUGGAGGCCUUUCACUUGCAACUGCGGCUGUGUCUGCGACACUUGUUUGGCAUCAACAUCUGCAAGAACUGCCCGCGAUGCAACUGCAUGUCCGAAGACGGCAGCGUCGCAUCCUUGCGCCUUGGAAUUUUUGGGCGAGUGACAGCGGUGUAUGCGGCGCUGGAACACCAGAAAGCCGGCGGCUUGCACGCGCACAUGCAAGUCUUCGUGGAGAAUCUUCACCAAGUCACGCCCUUGCACGAAAUCUGGAACCGGCUGGAGAAGGAAGCCAGCGCGCCGAUGGUGCAGCGAUAUCUGGCGUUCAAGGCACACGUGUGCAAAGAAACCUACGACGACCUGGCCACGCAGCAGCAGCGUGCGCACGAGGUCGAGGCAGCAUGGCCUGAGCAUGCCCGCAACCCGGCACUCGUGUCCAUGCCGACGUAUCUGCUGGAUGGCGACGCGAGCGACGCGUCUUGGGCUGAAGCGUUCCGGGCCGACGUGCAAAGGAUUCAGGAGCUGAAGCAACAUCACGUACACCCCUUUGAUGGAGAGGGUCGUCGGCAACUUCUACGGCACUGUCAAAGCAGACAGGAUCGAACAGUGUGUAAGGGGCGCUUUCCACGCGUGCAGGAAAUCUGUAGCGAGGCGGUGGUGCUUUGUCCCGGCUUGGCUCGGGCAUUCAAUCUGCCGUUCCAAGGCCGUAGAAAUUUAGUAGGUGCUCUCGUGGGGCCGCGCAAUAAUGAAUGGGUGAACGGCACCCAUCCGGCACUGACCGCUGCGCUGCGGGCGAACACGGACGUCCAGCUUCCGUAUCGACUCCCGCCUUGCAAGGAAACCCACAGCAGCCUGUGCGAUGAGGCCAGCUGCCUGGACGGGGUAGAUCUGCAAAGCGUCAUAACCGCCGCGCAGCACGCGCAGAACGCACAGUGUGGAUACGCUGGGGACUACGGCAGCAAGCGACAGGUGGUAGCGCUGCACGAGGUGAACGAGUGGAUGCGCGGCCAGAGAGCGCUGGGUGAGGAGUUGGCCGGAAAGGCGCGCAGUUAUCAGGGCGCGCGGCACUUACGGCGGUUCCUGUCGGACGCGUAUGGGCGGGGAAUUGUGCGCAGCGCGCCGGAAGUGGUGAACCUGCUAACGCGGCAGGACAGCAACGUAGUGACUGCUGCGGAAGCGUUGCAAACGGCUCCGACAGAGAGCUUUCCAGGACGCGUCUUUCUGGAGUGCGUCGAGGGUCCGGCGCAAGGGGGGCCGGCAGAGCGGCCGCAACGGCAGUACCUGCAAGUAGACUGGCGAUCUCGGCGACACCGCUCGCUGACACUGCGGCGCAUGGACAUCCUCUACGGCUGUCGCGGGACGCAGUGGGGCGUGCGAGACCUGUCCGCAUACGAGUGGGUGCGCUACUGGAGAGUGGAGCUGGCUCGCUACCGCGCGCCGGCGGAAGGCGUCGCGAAGGGGCAAACAGUGUUGCACGCAGAUCUGACGGCGAGCGGGCACGCAAAGUCGGAGGGCCUCGAGGCAGGUGUGGACUACCGUGUGCGGGAAGGCGGCGGCGAAGAUUGGGUGCCUUUCCCGGACUUGCCAGAGACUGAGCGCUUUCGUCAUCAGUGGGUCAUGGUCCGUCGGACGCGUCCGGUGGUUCCCGUGUUUUCCGGAGCCCCCUUGCCAAAAGUGAGCAGCUCCGAAAGAACGUGCAUGCUACUCAUGGCGUACUUUCAUCCUUGGACUUUGCUGGAGCACUGCGCUGCAGAGGGCUGCCCCCUGGCGUCGCAGCUGCGGGGCAGUGCCGCUUCCUGGGCGACAGCGUUUGCCAACUGGCAGCGUCGCGGGGCCAGCAGUGUGGAGCAGCAGCGGUACGUGCAGAACUUCCUGAAUGUCACACGUUCGCGCCCCGGUGGGAGCGCGGUCGACUCGGACGAAGUUGAGUCCUUUAGCGACGAGGAAGUCACGCUCACCCAACAGGAACUACCGGUCGCGUUGGAGACACAUGUGAGCGGCAGAGCUGCGGCACCUGGUGCGACGAGUGGCGCUGAGAAAGUGUCGCACUGGACAAAUUCGACGAACGCCAUGGCCCGCGCGCAGCAAGUGUGGGGUGGUGAGACACAGCGCGGCCGAACAGAGCGGAGGGGAGAGCAGGGGGGACCCGAGGCUUUGCGUGCAGCCGAGCAGCAGCUGGAGGCAGCAAAGAAGAGCAAGCGGCCGGCGGCGUGGGAGGCAGAGGGCGGCGGAAGAGCAUGCCCAAGGGCGGGAGAUGUGCGAGUGCACCCGCUGCCGUUUCAGGAGGAUCUGGAAGCAUGGCUGGGCCAGCAAGAAGGCCUAGCGGCGGAACAGCACGAGUUUCUACGCGUAGUGGUGGAGCAGUUGUGCAAAGGACUGCCCCGAAAGCAGCGCGUCCGCGGGAAGCAGCCUAUCCGAGGCUGUCCGGGAGAGCCUCUUCGGUGGCUGUUGCACGGCAGGCCAGGGGUCGGGAAAUCGUUCGUGCUGGGAAAGCUCCGCGAGCUCUUCGAAAUGGUCAUGGGCUGGCAGGCCGGCGUCCAGUUUGCGUUCGUAGCCUUGCAAGUGAGCAACGCGGCGCAGCACGAAGGGCAAACCUGCCACAGCUUUUUUGGGCUGAACAAGUUCGGGCAACCUGUGGAGUUGGGUCCGGGAGCUCUGCAAGAGAAGCAGCGCAGCUUCCAGCGCCUCGAGUGGGUCGUUGUGGACGAGGUCUCCAUGCUGUCAGCAUCGUUUCUGGCGGUCAUGGAGAGGCAGGCGCGGACACUGCGACCAGAGCGCGGCUCCUCGAAGCUGACAAGCGACAACAGCGAGCGACCGUGGGGCGGCCUGAGCAUGGUUCUGGCAGGGGAUUUUCAUCAACUCGACCCGCCGGACAACGGGCGAAGCUUGUGCAGCAUACCUGACUUCGAGCGCAUGCAGCGACCGUGCGCAGCAACGGCUGAGUUCGGCCAGGCCUUGAUCUGGGACAAGGGUGACGGGUAUGGCCUGCACGGCGUCACGGAGAUGCAGACGCCGCAGCGGUGCCGCGAUGCCUGGUGGCUGGACUUGCUAGAGCAGUGCCGCUUCGGGCGCCUCUCGGAGGAGAACCACAAGUUCUUGCACGGGCUGCCGACAGACGUCCCAGGCAGUUUCGUGAACGGGCAAGUGCUGUGUGGGAAGAGGGAGUGCGCCGCGUUAUGCGGCACGGCCUGCCUGGAGCAGGAGUGCACGGCGUGCCAGCUGGAGAGAAAGCGGCGGCGCCUGGUGGCAAGCGGCCCCACGGACGGUCGCUUCGCAGGCAAGUUCAAAGAUGCUCCCCUGAUCGUCGCCAAUAAUGAUGUCAAAUACGAGGCAAACAAGAUUCGUGCGCAGGACUACGCAAGGCAGACAGAUCAGGCGGUGGUUUCCUGGACUGUGGAAGGUGACGAGAGCGAGGCAGCCGUUUUGUCCAAGCCGGCGGCGGCGGUGGUUGUCGAGUUUCCGGACGCGUCGUGGCAAGUCUGUCCAGACUUGGCCGUGGGGCAGUACCCGCUGGGCCCGCAAACCGUCCGGUGGUCGGUCGACACGGCAGCGCCAGGAAGGAAGCCGGUGCUAUGGGUGCGGAGAUCGCAGAUACCCCUCCGCCCGGCUUUGGCGCUCACUGCGCACGGUGCGCUUGGACUGACGCUGGAGAAAGCUAUCGUCGACCUACAGCUGAGCGCGGAGAUGUCCAGCGUAGGGAGCUACGUCGCGCUGUCGCGGGUACGCCGCGCGGAGGACGUCCUGAUUUUUCGGCCGUUUGCGCGCGGUCUGCUCGCGCGCGGCCCUGCGCCGGGCCCUGUUGUGUUGCUGAAGUGGCUGUCAGGAGAACCAGUCGACUGGUCCGUGCUAGACACGACAGACGGCGGAACGAAGGAGUGCAGCCGGUGCGGAAGAAAGAGGCCGAGCGCCAGCUUCGCCGCGCCGGACGGCAACGCGGCAACCAGCGCAGCCAGCGCAGCCGUUUGCCAAGUCUGUCGUCGCGGCGAGAAGACAUGUGUCGCCUGUCAUGUCCGCAAGGAGAAAGCAGACUUUAGCGCACAGCGAGGCGCGGGUCGAGACAUAUGCAACCUUUGCUGGGCGCUCAAGGCAGAAUGCAGCUUGUGCCUGACCUGGUGUCCGCGACAAGAUUUCCCCACAGACAACGCAGCAGGCCGCGCAGACACCGGCCGAGGCAGGACCAAAAGGCAGAUCUGCAAGAGCUGUCAGGCACCAGAUUGCUGGUGUGUCGGCUGCGAGCGCAAGCUGGGAAAAGGCGCGUUCACGCACGCGCAGCUGGCGAGAGACGCGGGUGCCCGGAAGUGUCGGGCUUGCGCCGGCGCCGGCGAGACACAAGACCGGCGCUGCGCGAGCUGCAGCCGAAUGCUGGCAAAAGGCGCGUUCAGCGCAACACAGCUGGCAAAACCAGCGAACGAGCGCAAGUGUCACACGUGCGCCGAGCAGGCAACCGGCGCCGGCGAGAGACAAGACUGGCGCUGCGCAGGCUGCGACCGACAGCUGGAGAAAGGCGCGUUUAGCGCAACACAGCUGGCGAAGCCAGCCAGCGAGCGCAAGUGUCACACAUGCGCCGAGCGGGCAGCCGCUGCCGGCGAGAGACAAGACUGGCGCUGCGCAGGCUGCGACCGACAGCUGGGGAAAGGCGCGUUCAGCGCAACACAGCUGGCAAAGCCAGCGAGCGUGCGCAAGUGUCGCGCGUGCGCCGAGCGGGCAAGCAAGGGCGACGGCAGGUGUGUAUGCGCGCUGUGCGGCGUAGAAACCGCGGCGGUGGCGUUUUCGCGGAAGCAGCGCAGGGAGCCUGCUUCGCUGCGAAAGUGUCGCGCCUGCUGCGGCGAGCCGGCAGAAGAGACGCCCGUGGCAGACGUCUUGCAAGAAACGGCGGAGCCGACGGCAACGCGACGCGGCCCGGAAGACGCAGGAACGUCGAGCAGUUUCGGUGGCUCGAGUGUGCAGGCACGGGCGCCCCUGGCGGCAGAGCUGCAGGCGGAAAGAUGCGACCCGGAGGCUGCGAGCGCCGGCGGGGCCGACGCGCUACCGGCGGCUGAGUCCGAAGCAGACAGAUUUGACGGAAUCUUGUGCGCAGGCUGCGGUAUGCAGCGGGCGCUGUGCGAGUUUGCUCGAGCCGAGCUCGCGAAGCCGACAAAGCGACGGCAAUGCAUGCAAUGCAAGCCGGACGUGCAAGCGGUGCGGGAGGUGCAAACCGCAGGCGGAUAUGGCGCGGGAGCGUCCGCCUGUGUGCAGGCCGUGUUGGACGGGCGGUUGAAGCCGGGGCGCCGGGAAGCGCGCGGAGCGAAGCGGGAGGGCGCGGCAGGACUGGUGCUGGGGGGCUUGAGAGAGCCCUCCUGGGGCGCUUGGAUCUGGAGCGAGGCAUGGAGAAGUGUCAAGUUCAAGGCAUGGGAGGAGUCUCAGGUUGUCUUGAACGACCGUGAAGCUUGCGCCAGACCAAGAAGAGCGGCGGGCAACGCGCCAGCCAGCAAGCAGAACGCCCAAGGGACGCUCGGCGGCAGCACCUUGAGAGAGCGCUCAGCAAUUCAGAUCUCCAUUUGUCAGGAGAAGUUUGCACCCAAUGCCACCUCCCCACACACACCUGAGAGACGACUCAGCAAAGUGACGGACGGCUAG